CUGAGGUGAACGGUCGCGACCAUGAGCUGUCUGUGCUUCUGCUGGCCGAGACGCCACCGGCCCUCUCCCCAUCACGCCGAGCGGGCGGGGCCUGAGCCUCAGGCCGCAGUCACGGAACUCAAAACCAAGAAAAAGAAGAAGUGGAGCUUUAAGAGAUUUCUAGGGAUCUUUAGGAAGAAGAAUAAGGUGGGCGUCGAGGUACCACACCAGGACCAGGCUGAGGAAGGAAAGGUCCUUCAGCAGGUGGUGGAAGCUGCUAAUGGGGUGGAGCUGCCGGGGGUUCCUGAGAGAACCAGCCCGGAGAACGCAGCUCCCGAAGCUGAAGGCCUUGAAGAGAUAAUAAACAUCAGCUCUUCCACUGUGAAGCUUUUGGAGGAAGAGCUGGUCAUCAUCGACCUGGAGAGGGAGGAGGACACCACCGAGAAGAUCUCCAGAGACAUGGAUGCUGUGGAAGCUGAGGUGGCAGUGGAGAUGAUCCAGGAUGUCAGUGAUGCUCAAGCUGAUGAUGCUUCUGAGCUCCUGAUUGUUGACCUGGAGGAAAGCGAGGAAGCCACCGAGAAGCCUUUGGAUGGAAGAGACGGUGAUGAUAAAGCUCUUGAAGAACUCGUGAAUAUUGACCCUGUGGAGAGAGAUGGAGACACGGGGAGGUUUGACAAAAAUGAGGAUCUGAUCAGCAGUGACCUGGACACCACCGAGAACACUUGGAUCUCCAGAGUUAAUGGACCUGCGGAGGCUGAGAGGGCAGGACAGAAGAAACGGGAUGGCGGUAACGAGCUUGCUUUUUUACAGCUCCUAAUGCGUGAAAGCAAGCAAACCACUGAGAAGGUACUGGAUAAAGGAGAUAUGAUCAUCAUCGACCUAGAGAAGCCGGAGGACACCACCCAAAAGGGUUUGAUCUCCAGUAAUAUUGAUACUGAAAAGGCUGAGAUGAUGAUGGAGAAGCUCCUGAUCAAUGACCCUCAGGAAAGGAUGAAGGUGGAUGUAAAGGACGACAAAACUUUGAACAAGCUUAUGAAGACUGACCAGUCUAAGCUGGAGAUCAUCGAAAUCGAUGAUUUUAAGGACAAUAUGGAGAUGCCUCUGGAUGUUGAAGAUGUCGACGCUGAAUCUGUAAAAGAUUCGAGCAUUAUCGACCUGAAGAAGGCAGAGGACACCAGCCAGAAGAUUCUAAUCUCCAGAGACAUGGUUAAUAUGGAGGCUAAGGUGGCAAUGAAAAAGGUUUGGCAGAUCAGUGAAGCUCAUGAUGAUGCUUUCAAAGAGCUACUGAUAACUGACCUGGAGGAAAACGAGGAGGAAACCACCGAGACGCCUCAGACUGCCGAUGUGAGAGCUGCCGAGGUCAAGGAGGAAGCCAGCAAGAAAAAGAACAACAACAAAGAAGCAGAAACCGAGAUGCUGGAUCUGGAUGUGAAGGUUGACGUCACUGAAAGUCCUAAGAACGUCGUUCCGGAGGUUGGUAAAGCCAAAAGCCGCCGGCCUGCUGGGAGCCCGAUGGAUGACGACGCCUUGGCUGAGAUUUUGAAGCGCCAGGUGAAGAAGCUGAAAAGAGUGAGAUUCAUCCUCCCUAUAGAAAAUGGGAUGAGUGCAGGUGAUCUUUUUCAUGACAUCAAAUUUCCAAGCACAAAAAAAGAAGAAGACCUGUAGAGGAGCUCAGAGACCAGGCAGAACAACAACAGCGAAGCUUCAAACCAAAGCUAGCAGGCUAAUCUGUAAAUAAAGAAGAUCAACACAUGCCGAAUGAUUUUUAAGAACACCAAUAAAACCAAUAAAAACA